ACAUUUACAGCCAGAUAAAGCUUGUCACUCUAGAUCAACGGUAUUAGAAACAACUCUUUACAUUCAUGUGUAAAAGAGAAAAUUAUCUUUUCAGACCGUUAUCUACUAUGGCUAACCUAACAGAUUUUUUUAUUCAGUCUUUGUUAGGAUAGUGAGAAUCCUUCAUAGUGAAUGUACUAGUUCUUUAACUUCAGAUGCUUUAGUUUCUAUGUUAUAAAAAUUUAAAUAUGGAUAUACAUAAAAAGGAAUUAGAUACACAGGAUUACAAUCCUUUUGAACAUCGUAAGGUUAAAAAACCAAAUUCGGACAUCAGGUCUUUAGCUAAUUUGCUGAAAGCUUCGUUAGGUUCUGGUAUUCUCGCCAUUCCACUAGCAUUCGCCAAUGCAGGAUGGGGUGUCGCUAUCGUCGGUACAGUUAUCAUUGCUUUCAUUUGUGGACAUUGCGUUCAUAUUUUCGUGAACGUAUCCAGGGUGUGUUGUAAAGCAGUUCGAAAACCCUUACUAGGUUAUGCAGAAACUUGUCAAGUAGCAUUUGCGUUAGGUCCGAAAAGACUUAGACCCCUAGCGAAAGCUGCAGGUUUGUUCGCCGAAUUUUCACUGGUGUUCACUUACAUUGGAGUUUGCUGUAUUUUCACAGUGUUAAUAGCUGAUUCAAUUAAACAGUUACUGGAUCAGUAUGCGCCGGGAUAUAUUCUACCCGUGGAAUACUACUGCCUUAUCCUACUCGCGCCACUAUGUUUGAUGGUCCAGAUCAGAUAUUUGAAAUGGCUAGCGCCCAUUUCGUUGACGGCAAACAUUUUACUUGUGGCAACAUUCGCAAUCUGCAUUUACUACAUUUUCAAAGAUGAAAUCACAAUAUCUGAUAAACUGGUUGUGGGAUAUCCAUCAAGAUUUCCGGCAUUCCUUUCCACAGUAAUAUUCGCAAUGGAAGGAAUCGGUGUGGUAAUGCCCGUAGAGAACAACAUGAAGAAGCCUGAGCACUUCCUCGGCUGCCCCAGCGUGCUGGUCGUGGCCAUGACAUUCAUCAUGCUGCUGUACUGCAUCCUGGGCCUGUUCGGAUACUUCAGAUACGGUGAUGCGUUGAGAGGAACCAUCACUUUGAAUCUGCCGCUGGACGAUUGGCCAGCAAUAUGUGCGAAGGCUUUCAUCGCUAUAUCAAUAUUCUGCACAUACCCGCUACAUUUUUACGUGGUGGUCGACGUACUGUCUAAACAUUUAAAAGCGCACAUAAAGAAACAGCACAUGAAUAUGGCACAAAUCAUUAUGAGAAUAGUAAUUGUAUGUUUCUGUGGCGGGAUAGGCAUAGCGCUUCCAAUGCUUGAGCAAAUCAUUAACAUCGUCGGCGCGCUCUUCUACUCCAUCUUAGGGCUCAUCAUCCCCGGCAUAGUGGAAACUGUCUGCAGAUGGGAAGACCUGGGCAAAUUCAACUGGAUCUUAUGGAAGAACAUUCUCAUAGUACUCUUUGGAUUUUGCAGUCUUAUCUCGGGAAUGACGGUUACAAUAUCAGACAUAAUUGCUAAUCUAGAGCAAAAAACUGAAUAAAAACUAGUCAUAA